AUGCUCAUGAAAGCAAUUUUUUUAUUCAUAAGCUUUUUGGUUUUAUCAUUGGCAAAGACAGUUACUGUUACAUCCACUAGAGACUAUCGUGUGGGCCUGUCUACUCUUUUUAAUGAGGGUCAAGCAACCAUUACCAACGGUAGGGCCUCAGAUUCUUCAGACGAUUCAUCUAGUGCAGCUCAAACAACAGCAGUGACUAGUUGUCACUUGCAUGGGUCUGAACAAUUUUGCGUAGAUGGUGAGGGAAAUGAAGGUUCAAUAAUUCCUGGUCCAAGUAAAACUGCAGAUUCCCCAUCAAGUUAUACUGGUUGCCAUUCCCACGAAGAAGAUACAUUUUGUCUUAACUCAGACGGAGACGAGGUACAAUUUGUGAAAGAUACAGAAUCCUCGUCAUCUUCAACAUCCACCUCGUCCGGUGGGGAGAAUUGUCAUUUUCAUGCCGGUGUGGAACAUUGUGUGGCGGAUGGUGAAUCAGAGCAUGGCGCAUCUGCUGAAACUUGCGAAAGAGUUGAUCGUGAUUAUGAUAUUCCCUUGAGAAUUGGAUUGCUCUUUGUCAUUCUAGUAACAAGUGCUAUUGGGUCCUUUGGACCUAUCGUGUUAACAAGCUUCUUUAAGUUUAAAUUGGAUGGGGUAAUAAUCACUAUUCUUAAACAAUUUGGUACGGGUAUUAUUAUAUCAACUGCAUUUGUUCACCUUAUGACCCAUGCAGAUUUGAUGUGGGGCAAUUCGUGCAUUACUCUUGGAUAUGAGUCGACAGCAACAUCGAUUACCAUGGCGGGUAUUUUUCUUACCUUCUUAAUAGAAUACUUGGGAAAUAGGCUUAUUGGUUGGAGAAGUCUGAAAUCCUCAAAGCGAUUAAUAGAGAGAGGUAACCCUGAAAAAGCUAAUGAUAUUACUGAAGAAACUAUUUCUCCUGCUACCACACACAAUCAUGAUGGUCCGGUAUUAGUUAAUGAUGAAUUCUCAUGUGUUGUAAUGGAAGCUGGGAUUGUAUUUCAUUCUAUCUUACUCGGCAUAACGUUAGUCGUAGCAGGUGACUCAUACUUUAUUACUUUAUUCAUUGUCAUCAUGUUUCAUCAAAUUUUCGAAGGUAUUGCUUUAAGUACAAGAAUUGUUCAGCUUCCUAAUACAAAAUUAUUAAAAAAAUUAUUAAUGGCUGGAGUUUAUGCGUUAGUCACACCAGUUGGUAUGGCUAUUGGUAUUGGAACUUUAAAUAAGUUUAACGGCAACGAUCCAAGUACCAUUAUUGUAUUGGGCACUUUAGAUUCUUUUUCAGCGGGCAUCCUCAUUUGGACUGGGUUGAUAGAAAUGUGGGCCCAUGAUUGGAUCUUCGGUAAUUUGGCUACAGCGUCCUUUUUAAAGACUAGUAUAGCUUUGGUUUCUUUAAUAGCUGGCUUUAUUGUGAUGAGUGUACUUGGUAAAUGGGCUUAA